AUGCGGUUUGGUAGAAAAGGUAAGUUGAGUCCUAGAUACAUUCGCCCGUAUGAGGUAUUGAAGAGAGUUGGAGAGGUAGCAUAUCAACUAGCCUUACCCAUGGAGUUAGCCAAUGUUCAUAAUGUUUUUCAUGUUUCCCAACUCCGAAAGUAUGUACACGACCCCACCCAUGUUAUCCAACCCGAGACUAUUGAGCUAGAUGAGACCUUAACUUUCAAAGAGCGCCCUGUGAAAAUUCUCGACACCAAAACGAGAAGUACUCGAAAUAAGGCGGUAAAAUUAGUUAAAGUGCUAUGGUCUAAUCAGAAUUCUGAAGAAGCAACUUGGGAAGCUGAACAUGACAUGAAAAAGCGUUACCCAGAACUUUUUGAGCGGGAUGACUAUGGUCUAAUAAUACUGAAAUUGAAGUAUUGUAACUUGAAAUUAAAUUGA